AUGAUGACCCCUCCCCCUCCGGGAACCAGCGCGUAUCAAUGUGCUAUAUGCAAAGAGCAGUACAGUCGUCCUGACCACCUCAUCCGCCAUGUUCGAACGCAUACAAAACAGCGACCUUUCGUGUGUGUUGUCUGCACCAAAGCGUUUGCGCGACAGGACUUGUUGAAACGCCAUGCGCAAGGUCAUCAUAACCAAGGCCACACCUCGAAGACGUUCCAACAGAAUGCGGACCGGUUGGCAGAUUUGGGACGGUAUGGUCCACGGGUCCGCCAAGCCUGCCGUGCCUGUGCCAUGAAGAAGCUCAAGUGCACCGAUAGCAAGCCCUGUCGGAGGUGCACGGAGAGAGGCAUCUCCUGUGACUACGACCAGAGUCCGGAGCCUUCCCAACAUGACGUGCCAAUGGACUCUGAGGAGGCCCCGAUGGACCACGACUCGUUGCUGCUCGCAAGACCGGGCCAGACUCCUGAGGCGAGCUGGCCAGAAGUAUCAAGACAUCACGACACCCCGGUCCAAGAGGACGACUUUGCGCAACCCCUCGCGGCUGCUGACACCGCCAACCUUCAUGCAGUCCCAAGCGAGUUCCGUGCCCACAUGACACACACAGAGACGUUGAGCUCGGCUGCUGACGGACCUUUUCAGACCGUUAUAGGCUGCACGUUUGACCUUCCAAGCUUCGGCGACUUCAUACAGGAUGAUGCCGACCCCGUCAUGGGCGAUCUUGACUUCCCUUUCUUCCCCGAUCUCGUCACGACGCCUGCUGGGCUGUCCAUUGGGUACAAAUCAUCGGACUCUAUGACCGUGGAAUCGCCGGUGAUGGGAAUGGGCACAGAAGCAUAUCGAGGCUCUCACGUCCGGAAAGGAUGGAAUCCGCAACCUGGGGAUAACAGCCUCGAAACGGAGAGCCUCGAGUUGCCAUCCACCGCAAGGUUGGAAGUUUCGUCUACCCUACUCAACAGUAAGCAGAUGCUGCGAAAGGAGGACCUGACCGUCAGCACCAGAGACCGGCUCUUGGCCAUGAUAUACGCAAGGACGUCGCGAUCCAUUUGGGAGCGGCUGAGCUCGACUUUCGAAUCAGUCGACGUCAUCAAAGGCAUAAUCAACCACGCCUUGUUACAUUUGCAAGAACAUCAGAUGAUCCCCUUCAUCCACAUAGCCUCUUUCGAUCUCAACCAGCAGAGGCCUGAACUGCUCGGUGCGCUGAUGGCAUACGGCGCGGUCUGUCUUCCGUCCGCCAACCUGCGAAAGUUUGGAUAUGGCUUGCAAGAACUGGUCCGACUGGCUGUCAACCAUCGGCUCGAAGAUGAACACGCUUCGGUGCGAGAUCUUGGGAUGGCGCAGGCAUAUUACAUCCAGUUGUAUCUGGGAUUUUGGAGCGGCAUCAGUGCAAAAAUCGAGGCCGCCGAAAGCAGCUCCAUGCUGGGAGCGACGAUUCUGCGCCGGGGAAAGAUGUGUCAGGCAGGCAACUAUCAGCCUCCCGAAGCAUUCCUCGCCCUCGAAGGCCUCUCGCUCCAACAAAAAUGGUUCAAGUGGGCCGAGCAAGAAUCUCGGAAGAGACUGGUCUAUUUUGCCAUGCUCCUCGACGCCGGAGUGUCCUUGGCCCGAAAGAUCAGCCCUUUGUUCGCCUACUCGGACAUCACGACACCGCUCCCCACGGUCAGCCGACUAUGGGAGGCUGCCACCGCCGACGAAUGGCACCGCAUCUUGACGGACGACAACAAUUUGAGGCUCCAGCAGCCGCAACCUGUCAAGUGGCUUUUGCGCGAGCCCCAGCUGCUCAGCGCCGACCAAACCAUCGUAGACACCACGGCCGCGGGAGCGGCCAUCCUGGCCGGCUAUUGGGCGCUCGUCUACGAGUAUCGCCAGAUGGAAGCCCUUCAUCGCAACGUCCAAGGUUGGAACGACUUUGUGCUGAAAUCUCGACACACAGAGCUGGUCUCGCUCCUCGACCGAUUGCGAAUGGAGAUGUCUGACAUCGACAGCCGGCGCCCGCAGAUAGUGCUCCUGCAAGAGCUGAUACUUCUGCAUCUCAAUGCUGCCUACUACGAGAUCUCGGCAUACUCGGGCCGCAGUACCAUGGAAGAUGCCCAGGCUGCAGAGCCCUAUGUACAGUGGUGGUCCGACAGUCAACAAGCCCGCCACGCCAUCUGGCAUGCAGGCCAGAUCUUCCGCUUCGCCCGCAGCCUUCGGCCAGGUACCCUGACCGACAUGUCUGUCAUUGCCCUCUAUCACGCCACCGAAACCAUGUGGGUGUGGGGACUGCUGCGACGCAUUCGGCAUCCCGACCUCGACCCCAGCAGCGUCUCACCAGUUGUCCUGGAUGAAGAUGAAAGCCCGGCCGUGACCAAAUUCGUCAGGAUGUCGAGGGGACAACCAGGCGUCACGGGCUUAUCAAGCUCCUUUGUGCCACUUGUUGAGCCAGCCUCGGUAUCCGAUCUCGCCAACGAUAUCCUCAAGGCCAAUUGGGGCGCUCAAACUCAGCCCUGGACCACAAGCGAAGUGUCUCGACUCGUGCAGGGAUUUUCCAAAAUCUCGCGCCACGGACUCGCCGGGUGA